GCUGGACUCGUUUCAUCUAACUUUCGCAGGUCCCACUGUGAUACCCUUGCACAAAUGGCUGGCUGGAUAUCUCCCCAGGCAGUACAAAGACUUUAUGGCUCUUUUCUUGAUAUAUCUCUGGUCUCAGGGUAUCGAAUUUCCGACGACCGCUCUCGCACUGAUGACGGCACGCUACCGUCAGGCUAGGGACAAUAUGCCGCCUCUUUUUCAACAGAAAAUGAGUAUAUGCUGGGUCCCAGCCAACUUCUAUAAUUCUAUAGAUAAGGUGUGGGAAUCAAAGUGGGAAGGUGUUCGACUGCCGGAAAACUAUAAUCCUGGCCAAGAUGUCAGUUGGAAAGCAUUGCAUUUUCUGGAGAUGUUCCAAUACUGGCGCCAUUCCGACACUUCUACAAAUACCAUGGUUUCUCUUAGGGAAGGGGGUAUGAGUGCAUUCAUUCCCCGCCCUGGAUAUACGCUAUCGCCUAACAAUCAACGUCUGCUGUGGCAUGAUAAUCCUUUCGUCGUGCAAGAUCCCUUUAUUGUUACACGUAAUCAUGCACAUACAAUCAACAUGAGCGAAAUCAAGCGUUUUGCAUAUACUUGCAAAAGGGGCUUCAACGUAUUAUCGCAGGGUGGCUCUGUUGAAGACUUCUUUUUCCAGCGCCAGGCACUCGAUCCAUCUAAAGAAUCUGAUUAUGAUCGAAGAAUGCAGGAUCCUACGGACAACGAGGACUGGCUUUCUUUCUUGGACGAAGAGGCAACGGAAGAAACUGAGCGCAUGUUCGGUAACGAUGGAUCAUUUGAUUCUCGGCCUCAGGGCAUGGCAUCUCUUCGCUCUAGUUAUGCGCCAAGGUCAUCGCGUUCGCCUCGACGGUCCUACGGCACCCGAUCUUAUUCAACUCAGCCGACGCCGCCUGGCGGUGUUACCUCGACAAUACUUCGACAUCGGAAAGAUACAGUAAGACGUGUGCAGGACAUCAUUCGGCAAGAAUUCGGGAGUAUGUACUCUGUUGAACAGUUUGGCAGCACACGCUAUGGCAUUUCUUCUGCAAACAGCGACCUCGACCUGGUCCUAAUUGAUCCCAAACGGCCACAUGGUGUCUCCCCGAAACACUCAAAGCCACACGGCGGCGUAUAUAGCAUAAAAAAGGUCGGCGCUCUACUGAGGAAGAAAAAAUAUAGGAAUGUCGUCGUCAUUGAUAGCGCCAGUGUUCCAAUAGGUGUGCGAUUUCUAGCUGACCCGCCAACCACGUCUUAUUCUUUCUGCACAGUGAAAUUCAGAGACCCGGAUACGGGCAUGGACUGCGAUUUGAACAUAAACGACAGACUUGGGCUCCAUAAUUCUAACAUGGUGAACCGCUAUUGCGAUUUGUCGCUGCUCUUGCGACCGAUGGUGCGAAUAGUAAAAAAAUGGGCCAAACCUCUCAAGCUGAAUAGCCCUGCCAUACGCUCGGGAGGUCGUGUGACAUUCAGUAGCUACGCUCUUACUUUGAUCACCAUUGCUUUCCUCCAGACACAUCAUCUAUUACCCAAUCUUCAAGAUCGCGUGCUUCCUUUAAGUGAGGAAAAUCAAGAUGGUCUCUUUUGGUUCAAGGGGAAGCCGUGUAAUACGAAAUUCAACAUGGCUGAAGGCUGGGUACCUCCAGAAGAAAGAUCGGUGGAGGAGGCGAUGUUAGCUUGGUUUAGAUAUUGGGGUUUCGAACACGAUUAUACCAUGGAUACUCUCAUCUCUAUCCGGGCUGGUGGUAUUAUAGAUGGGCCUGACUUCGCUUGGGAUGACAAUGAGAAGUUCAAACGCAUGUCCGAAGCAGAGUGGCGGAAGGCUUGCUUGACCUCGAAAGCUGAUAUCAGAAAAUAUCGGCUUCUUGUUGCAGAUCCAUUCAUCACCACCAAAAACGUCACGGGCAACAUCCAGUCUGUCAGUUUUUCCGUUUUCCGAGCGGAGUGCCAGCUUGCUUUCAAGAAGCUGUUACUUCCAAAAGUGCCGAAAAAAGUGAAGAAGGAUAAGCCCCGGACCACUCCAGGAUCGGACGAUGAUGCGGAAUAUAUCAGUCGAGCUGCCGAUGCCGAAACUGAACCUAACAUACGUCCGCUCACUAACUCGAUAAUGCCUAAGCCCAAGGCGAAGGGGCCAAUACGGCCAGUUGAAUUUCUGAUGGAAGGGGGACGAGCGAAACGGAUCAUUCCUCCUCCAAAUGAUCCUUUUUUAAAAAGGUUUGCAUACCUAGAAACGAACUCAAAUAUCGUUGCGACGGAAGGUUGCAAGACAUCCGAGUUUGAGGAAUAUCAUUUCCGGGAAGAGGUAGAGACAUGAUGGCCUCUUUAUCUAUAUAUUGUAUCACUAGUACGCAUUGAUUAAUGUCGACUGCAGAAUUGCCAUAGGUCAAUAUAAGCGCUGGAGCGGUGUUAUUG